AUGGUGAUGGAUGCUGGACCCACAGGGGAUGUGAUGGGUGCAGGACUCACAGGGGACAUUGUGAUGGGUGCAGGAUUCGCAGGGGACAUUGUGAUGGGUUCUGGACCCACAGGGGACAUUGUGAUGGGUGUGGGAUCCACAGGGGACGUUGUGAUGGGUGCAGGACCCACAGGGAACAUUGUGAUGGGUGCAGCAUCCACAGAAGACAUGGUGAUGGGUGUUGGAACCACAGGGGACAUUGUGAUGGUUUCUGGACCCACAGGGGACGCCAAGACCGGGGCAGAACCCACAGGGGACGUUGUGAUGGGUGCUGGACCCACAGGAGAAGUGAUAGGGGACAUUGUGAUGGGUGUGGGAUCCACAGGGGACGUUGUGAUGGGUGCAGGACCCACAGGGAACAUUGUGAUGGGUGCAGCAUCCACGGAAGACAUGGUGAUGGGUGUUGGAACCACAGGGGACAUUGUGAUGGUUUCUGGACCCACAGGGGACAUUGUGAUGGUCCCCCUGCUCUACCCCUACGGCCCGGACGAGCGCGACCAGAAGAACCCCAAACUGGACGACGGGACGUCGAAGCCCCUCGCCCUCGCCGUGCCCUUCACCUUCUACGGCAAAGAGCACCGGAGCCUUUACGUCAACAACAACGGCGUGAUUUCCUUCGGCGCCCGGGUCAGCCAAUACACCCCCGACCCCCUCCCCUUGGCCGACGGGCGCUCCUUCGUGGCGCCGUACUGGGGGGACGUCGACAAUGUCCUGGGAGGGGAUGUCUUCUACCGAGAGACCACUGACCCAAAGCUGCUGGCACGCAUCACCGAGAACAUCAACCAAUACUUCCCGAAGGUCCCCUUCACCGCCACGUGGGCUUUCGUGGCCACCUGGGACCACGUGGCCUACUACGGCUCUACCACCAACAAGGGCAACACCUUUCAAGCCACCCUGACCACCGACACCAAGAGGUCCUUCAUCAUCCUCAACUAUCACGAUAUCCAGUGGACCACGGGGGUAGCAAGCGACGGUGACCCUGAAACGGGUCUCGGCGGCACCCCGGCCCAUGCCGGUUUCAACAGCGGAGACAAAACCAACUUCUACAACAUCCCUGGCUCCCAGACCGCAGCCAUCAUCAACAUCACCAAGACCUCCAACGUCAACGUCCCGGGGCGUUGGGUCUUCCAGGUGGACGACUUCAAGGUGACGGGGGUCCCCACCGAGGCGCCCAAGGUCGCUGACGGCAACGGCUGCUGGUUGUGA